AUGGACUCGCUGUUAGAGAAGCUGCGUGCCGCCGCUCCUCAAGCCAAGGAUCAACGAGAUCGUCGCCGUCGCGCUCGUCUGAAGGAACGUCAUCAAGUCCGCGUGGCCUCUGGUCAGAAGGUGCCUGAUUUCGCUGCCUCCGAAGAAGGCGACGAGACAGACAAGCCAGCAGAGGGUGGUGCCAAUGUUGAUGAGAAUGGCCUUCUAAGCCCACCACUUCCCGACGAAGGAGAGGAUGGUGCCAAAGAACAAAUUUCUGAAGGCGAAGACGUUGCCGAUCGUGCGGCAAGUAUGCUUCUCGGCCUGAGGAGCAACUCCGAUGCUAAUGGUGAACGACAACGUCGUCGGAGAGAAAGCGCCGAUGAGGAGCGCCGUAAUCGCCGCUUGAGGCGACGUAAUGGAGCAACAACUGGCAGCAAAGACAGUGCUGAUGGGUCUGUACUUCCAACCGUCCAAGAACCCAGGUCACCCUCUCGGACCGAUUCAGUUGGCGCAGAUGACCAAGCACCGCCGAGUCCACCCCUGGAAGAAUCCAAGCCUGCGGCACCACCCUCCAUCAUUGUUUCAGAGCAACAUGAUGGUCGUCCAUCACAAGAACCUACGGCUGAUGGCUCAUCAGCCAACCAACCGAUUGAAUUGUCGGAUUAA